AUGAUACCAGCGGAUAAAGGAGGAAAAGUUGUAGUCAUGAAUGUAGAUGAUUACAUGAAGAAAAUAAAGCAGAAAUUAGACACAAAGGCGUAUCAGAAAUUAGAUGAAGAUCCAUCGAAAGUUAUACAUAAAAGAUUAGAAAUACUGUUAUCAGAAUUAGUUGGAAAACAAGAGAUAGAUAGAGAUGAAACGAAUACGAUGCCUGAAAACAAAAAACUACCGUUUGUUCGUGGACAGUUAACGGUCCGUAAAGAAGAUAAAUCAAUGCGAUUGAUAGUAUCUAUGAGAGAAACAAUGGGUUCAUCCAUGGCGAAAUAUAUCAUGAAUAUAACAAAAUGGUUCAGUCAAAAAUGCAUAAGAUUUAAUAAACAAGUUGUACAAACUUAA